AUGUGGGGUUACAGCGGCGGCAGUAUCGCCACCGAGGCCGCCGCCGAACCGCAGCUUCGAUAUGCCCCUGAGCUCGACAUCUCCGGGGUCGUGGUAAGAGUCCUAGUAGACCAUUCCUUGGAUAACAUGGACAUGUUAAACAAGAGCCCCAUCGCCAUUCCCCUAGUAGCCGCCCUCCUCGGGACAAUGUCGCAAUAUUCCGAAGCCGCGGCGUGCGUCCGCAGCCGACUCCGUCCAGAGACCGCAAGCGAGUUCCUUAGCGCCAAGGAUAUGGAUCUCAGCGCUUCCCUUCGAGCUUUUGCGAUGAAGUACAUCUAUCUAUAG